AUUUUUUCCCAUUUCGCUCACCUGUUCCCCUCCUCCGCCCUCUCCCCAACUCGCCAUUUUCCCCGUCUUCCACAGUGACAACCACCACCCCACGCUUUCCCCUUCCUCCUCGCGAUCCAGCAGCGGGAGAGAUGGAUCGGCCGCCGCCGGAUCAGCAGCGGCAGAAGCAGGCGCCGCUCUUCUCGCCGUACCAGAUGCCCCGCUUCCGCCUCAACCACCGGGUGGUGCUGGCGCCGAUGACGCGGUGCAGGGCGAUCGGCGGGGUGCCCGGCCCGGCGCUGGCGGAGUACUACGCGCAGCGGACCACCCAGGGUGGCCUGCUCAUCUCCGAGGGCACCGUCGUCUCGCCCGCUGGCCCGGGGUUUCCUCAUGUCCCUGGGAUAUACAAUCAAGAGCAGACUGAUGCAUGGAAGAAGGUGGUGGAUGCUGUUCAUGCCAAGGGAGGCAUCUUUUUCUGCCAGUUAUGGCAUGUAGGCAGAGCUUCUCACCAAGUAUACCAGCCAAACGGUGCUGCACCAAUAUCCUCAACUGAUAAGCCAAUAUCAGCAAGAUGGAGAAUACUGAUGCCUGAUGGCUCCUAUGGCAAGUAUCCUAAACCUAGGCGCCUGGCAGCAUCGGAAAUACCUGAAAUUGUCGAACAAUAUCGUCAAGCCGCCAUUAAUGCCAUUGAAGCAGGUUUUGAUGGCAUUGAGAUCCAUGGUGCUCAUGGCUAUAUCAUUGAUCAAUUCCUAAAGGAUGGAAUCAAUGACCGCACUGACGAGUAUGGUGGCUCACUUUCCAACCGCUGCCGGUUCCUACUUGAGGUAACUAGGGCUGUGGUUUCUGCCAUUGGAGCAGACCGAGUCGCGGUGAGGAUAUCACCAGCCAUUGAUCACCUUGACGCCUAUGAUUCAGACCCCAUUAAGCUCGGCAUGGCCGUUGUUGAGCGGCUGAAUGCUCUCCAGCAGCAGUCAGGGCGGCUCGCCUACCUCCACGUCACGCAGCCACGGUACACCGCCUACGGGCAGACCGAGUCUGGGCAGCAUGGCAGUGCCGAGGAGGAGAGCCGCCUGAUGCGCACCCUCCGGGGCACGUACCAGGGCACAUUCAUGUGCAGUGGCGGCUACACGCGGGAGCUUGGGUUGGAAGCAGUGGAGAGCGGCGAUGCCGACCUGGUGUCGUACGGGCGGCUCUUCAUAUCAAACCCGGACCUGGUCGAGCGGUUCAGGCUGAACGCCGGGCUGAACAAGUACGUGCGUAAGACAUUCUACACGCCCGAUCCUGUCGUGGGUUACACGGACUAUCCGUUCCUCGGACAGCCUAAGUCGCGGAUGUAAAUGUACUGCGGGAUAAGUAAAUCAAGGAUACGAUUGUGUAUUGUAAGGAAAAUAAAGGGCAACGGUGAGGUGAUUUAGCUUAUUUUUGGGACCUAAUUUGACGGUAAUUUAUUCUUUCACCAAAUCUGAUAUGAUCCAUUGCUGAUUCAGUAGCUACUCUAGCCUAUGUAAACCUUGGGUCAUCAGCACAGAUUGUAUCUAUAUGUGUAUUGCAUAAUGUUUCAUAUCAGUUGUCUAGCAGAUUUAUGCAUCGUACCAGUUAGUAACUGUUAUUUU